GUAAAUGACGUAAACGGAAAUAAAGAGCGCGGUGUUUGAACGUUGUCAGUCCUCCAGAAAACAAAGUAGGCUGUUGAACUGAAAAGCUUUUCUUCAAAACAGAAAACGUUUUAAUAAUGAGGAAAAGCAGCAUGGGUAGUAGUGGAAGUGGUCGAAGCAGAACAUUCUCAAUUAAAGGGCGCCCUAGUGAAGAUUUGGUGUUUGACGAAUUCGGGUUUGCACUGGUCAAAAGAAAGGACCAAAAACGUCAACAUCGAUGUCACAAUUACAGGUAUCCCCAACUCGAUGCAUCCAGGGUAAAGGAUUUGUGUGAACUUCUCAGCUACUGGAAUGGAUCCAGUUUCAUCUGCAGAAGCCAGAUUGAACGUUUUGUGAGAAUGGGAAUCCCUUCAUCUUUAAGAGGGCGAGUGUGGAAGUGCCUUCUCAACACUGAAAACAUGAGAGAGUCCAGUGUUUUCAACUAUCAGAAAUGUUUGGAUCAGAUCAGAGGGUCCCUGGUUGAACUAGGAGUUAGUGAAUACAGCAUUAUCUCCGCUAUUGCUACUUUAAAUGACACAGAGAAUGACCUGGGAUACAACCGCCCAGCCUGCUUACCUCCGAAUCCGGCAUAUUCCACCGCAGAUGUCACUAUAUUUCGUCAGAUUGCUCUGGAUCUGCAGAGAUCAUUCCCAACCCAUCGCUCUCUGAUGGGUGAGAGUCCUGAAGCAAUCGAAGGUCAGGCCAAGCUCUUCAGAGUCCUCAUUGCUUAUGCCAAGUACAACCCUGAGAUUGGGUAUAGUCAAGGGAUGUCCUACAUUGCUGCAGUUCUCCUUAUGAACCUAAGCGAAGAGGAGGCGUUUUGGGCUCUAGUUGUUCUGCUAGAGAAUCCAAAAUAUCUGACAGCACUGUUUGACCUCUCUGGGAAAAAGAUCCAGCAUCAAGCGAUGGUGUUUCACCAGUUCCUCAAGCACCGGCAACCCCAGCUCUCUAAGCACAUUGGGGAUGUCGGGGUGUCAUCCAUCCAUUUUGUCACGCCUUGGUUCCUAACCCUGUUCACCUCGCUGCCCUGCUGGGACUCUGUGCUGGCCAUAUGGGACCUCUUCAUGUUGCACGGUCUCUCGGCUGUGUUCCGCACUGGCCUCACCCUCAUCCAGCUCCUGGAGUCUCGGCUCCUGAGUCUGACCGACGAGGCUGCUGUUCUGCCUCUGCUGCUGAGGGUGCCUGUGGAUGUCUGUCAGCACAAUGUCCUGCUCCCAGCCCUGUGGAGCACCCAGGUUCAGGACUGGGAGAUUAAGUGCAUGAAUAGCCUGGUGUUGGAGGAGAAUGACGAGGGACACCACCAAGGCAAGACUGAGUGGUCUACGCCGCUUUCACCGCAGCCACGGCCCGCUAAAGCGAAGGAACCGGAGGCGUGUGUUGAUGGACCUGCGCCGGAAGCCAAGAAGUCUGGAAAGAAGGAUUCAUCUGCGACCGGUCCUAAGAACAUUUUCAGUCGUCUUGUGCAGGUGGCCCAGUGCCUCCUGCUGGAUAAAGGUCAUCGGAGUGGGAGGAGUAAACCCUCCCCUGCCAGGCGUCGUUCCUCCAAGGCCAGCAGGACCUCCUCAAUCAACCAGUCACAGAUCAGAGCCAAGAGGAGGAGUCUGGCUCAGCAGGGAGGUGGGAGUCUGGCUGAGGGGGGAACCACUCCCACCCUGGUCUCCGAGGGGUCAGUCAAAGACAGCAGGCCCAAGGCCGCAGUGUUCAGGAGGAUGUGUUCUGGUCCCGUGGGCCGUGUGGCCCGUAGACGCAGCAGCAGCAGCCAGUCCCCCCGGAUCAAGUCCAUCGGUGUCCUCCGGCCCCGGACCACCCAGAAACCGCCAGAACCCCCCCAGAACCCGUCUCCCUGUGACCCAGCCCAGAACCUCCGGAAGCUGGAGCGGUCAUCUCCAAGCCAGCCUGAAUGUAGCCUGAAUGAGACUGCCAACCCUGCGAGGAUGACUGAAGAGUCCCAACUCAUCUGAGGGAUGGUAGAGAAACCACACGGGCCAUUACCGUAUUACGCUCACGCAUGGAAGAUCCAACCAUCCUGGAUGAUUCCUCACAGUUGUCCCCUAGCCCUUCCCCAUCCUGUUACCCAGCAUUUCAUUCCUAGGGGUAGUGUUGGCUGUCACUGUUUAAUCCCUCAGUCCUCUGGUGUGUGUGGGUGUGUGUAAGGCUACUGCAGGGGAGGGUUUGCUGGGUCCUACACACACACAUACAGUUGCAACAGUUCAAUGCUACGUGUGGGAGUGUAUGUUCGGUGCAAAACCCGCUGCUGGAAUUCUUUCUCCGCUGGAGCUGUUUAUUUUUCUCUUGUCGGUUGAUAGGUUUGGUUUUAUAGUGUUUGUAUUUCUUUUUCUCUUAUUGUCUAAAUAAAUCUUUUA